AAACUGGUGACAUUAUAAACGCACAUAGAGUUAAAGCGCGAUAAAUUUAAAAGUUAGACAAUUAAAAUGAGGUUCCUGUUAUUCAUAGCACUUGUAGCGGUUUUGGUAAAUUCAAAAGUUUUUGCACUGGAUUGUUACCAAUGUGGGGGAGACGACUGCAAUGAUGAGUCCACUACACAAGUCAUUACUUGCCCAAAUACCGGCGAUGUUUUUGCCUGCUACACAAUGAAAUACCAAGAUGGUGAUGUCACCAAAAAACAAAAAGGCUGCUCAGUAAAAUCAGACACCAUCGCCGCUUGUAGUGAUGUCAUCAUUCCAGAGGGCACACGAAAUGUUGUUUGUGAAAUAUGUACGGAACCAAAAUGCAAUUCAAGUCCAGCCCUUGCAUUGUCUAUGCUGCUGAUACCAGUAGUUUUAUUCAUUCGUUAUAUAAUGAAUUAAUUAAAACUGUUUUAAUGAAUAACUUUUAAGAAGAAUUAAGUAUUAAACUAAAUUUAACGCACGCGCUAAAAACUCAUUGUUUGAAGAAAAA